GCGCAUGCGCAGUGCGGUGUAGCGCAGCUUGGGCUCUGAGGUCGCGCUUCGGCUCGUGACGGCGGAUGAAAUAUUAAUAUUUAAAGUGUUUAUUGUGAUAAAGAGAAUAAAGUGAAGAUGGUUUAUCACUCUGUAGCGCUGCCGCUCAUCUGCUUCACCACGCUGUGGGCUUUAGUCGGAGGCGUCGCGCCGUUUUUCGUUCCUAAAGGACCGAAUAGAGGUGUGAUCAUUACCAGCCUGGUGCUGACGGCCGUGUGCUGCUAUUUAUUCUGGUUGGUUGCGUUCCUGGCGCAGGUGAACCCUCUGUUUGGGCCGCAGCUGAAGAACGAGACCAUCUGGUACCUGCGGUACUACUGGGAAUAAAACGGAGGAUUGUAUCGGCUGCAUGACGACGUCGUUCCAUCGUUCACUUCCUGUUCGACAUUCCCCUCCUGUGAUGUGACUGAACGCGUUCUCUCCUCAGCGUAGCGUCAGCGCUCUUUACCUGAAACGUUUAAUUUGUGUUUGUUGUUUUAUUUCUGACGGAGGAGUGAAGUAAAUACGAGUGUGUGUGUGUGUGUGAACAGUGACAGUGUUGUGACGUGAUGAAGAUGUGCAAUAUUAGUUAAAAAAACCUACUUGAACGUUUAUAUUAUCUCUCUCUCUCUCUUUCUCUCUCUGUGUCUCUCUCUCUCUCUGUGUCUCUCUCUCUCUGUGUCUCUCUCUCUCUGUCUCUGUCUCUCUCUCUCUCUCUCUCCCUCUGUGUCUCUCUCUCUCUCUCUCUCUCUCUCUGUGUCUCUCUCUCUCUCUCUCUCUCUCUGUGUGACCAACUUGUGAUGUGUUUACGUAGCGGUCUAUUUAUUUAUGUCGAGUUUAUUUAUUACGUUAUUUAUUUUAGAGUGUAAAGCUCAGAAAUGUGAUCCGGUUUCACCACUCGUGUGUGUGUGUGUGUGUGUGUGUGUGUGUGUGUGCGAAUGCUGAGAGAAGCUGUGUGUGUCGUUCUCUAAAUGAUUUCAUGCUGUCACGAUACGAUGAAUCGUCCAAUCCAGUAUCACGAUAUCUGCACAUCAGUUUCUGAUUUCUUUUCGCUGUUUAUCUCGCGCAUAUUAACACUAACGCUGUCUCCCUGAACACUCAUUCAUUAUUAUUAUUGUUAUUAUUGUUAUUAUUAUUGUUAUUAUUAUUAUUACAGUUCAUGGAUUUCAGAUUGCUGUCUGUGUAAAUCUGGUUAUUUAUUCCUUUAUUUUUACUCUUCGACGUGGCUGCUUUGUUUCCAUGGAGAUCCACUGACAUCCUCUCUCUCUCUCUCCCUUUUUCUCUCUCUCUCUCUUUCUCUCUCUCUGUUUCUCUCUCUGUUUCUCUCUCUCCCUUUCUCUCUCUUUCUCUCUCUCUGUCUCUCUCUCUCUCUCUCUCUCUCUCUUUCUUUCUGUCUCUCUCACCAGCGUGACAUCAAGCUACUAAUGAGGUUUUUUUUUAACGGCUCACAGAACACUAACGUCAGUAACGUCACUGAGGAAAGUGAACUUAAUUAACACUGUCGUUAUUUAGAGACUUUUUGUUCAACAUGAUUUUCAGGGUUAAGGAUUAAACUCUCGGUCUGAUUGGCACUGACGGAGUUUCAGAUCUCUGUGGAAAUGACGCGGGUUUAUAAUCGUUGUCGUGUAUACGCUGCUGAUGUCUCUGUAAAACACUGAAUAAAAUCAGGAUGGAUCACA